UUUUGACGGGGGAGGGAGACAAUGAGGUCAUCACACGUGGCACAUGGGUGUUGAAUAGAGAGACUUGUUUCAGUGGCUAUUUAAAAUUCAAGGAAACCGUGGCAAAUCAGGUGCGGUGGAAAGAUCUGAUUUUAACCAGCGAGCUGAUUCCAACAGUCCACCAUCCACCUCCAACCUAUCCUCACAUCUCACACUCCCAUUCCUAUAUUUUUUUCCCUCUUCCUCCUUGUUUUGACAGUCUCUCAAGAACACAAGUUAGGUGUUCUUUCUUUUCAGUUUUUUCUCAUGUGGUCUCAACCUACCUCAUUUCUUGCAUCAUCUUCUGGUAAUAAAAUCCCAAAUCCUAAACAGAAAAACGGCAACUUUCAUAUCUAUCUUUCUUUCGUUGAACUUGCUAUGUCUUAAAAGGAGUCAUUUUUGUUUUGUUUUUGGUAACCUUAUGAAGAGGGAUAUGCGUUCACAUUUGAGUUCAAGGUUCCUUUCUAUAUAUAGAAAGAUGGUGGGUGGGAAUGGGCUGUUAUACCCAAUUCUUGGAUUUGCAUCAUGUGUGGCUUUUAUUUACAUGUCAUUCGGCGACUUGAAGUUUAGUAGUUUCCCUGAGGAACCAAGGAUAAGUUUUGUGGAAAGGAAUGGGACUCAGUUCUUUUUGGAUGGUAAACCGUUGUAUGUUAAUGGGUGGAAUUCUUACUGGUUAAUGGCCCAUUCUGUGGAUGAAAAUAGUAGAUCUAGGGUCAGUGCAAUGCUGCAAGCUGGUGCAAAGAUGGGUCUCACUGUUUGUAGAACUUGGGCCUUUAAUGAUGGAGGUUAUGAUGCUCUCCAGAUUUCCCCUGGGCAAUUUGAUGAGCAAGUUUUCCAGGCCUUGGAUUAUGUCAUUGCAGAAGCAAGGCAACAUGGAAUUAGGCUGCUUCUUAGCUUAGUAAAUAACUUGCAAGCAUAUGGUGGAAAGACACAGUAUGUCAAGUGGGCAUGGCAAGAAGGUGUUGGUUUGAGCUCUUCUAAUGAUUCCUUCUUCUUUGAUCCAUCAAUCCGCAAAUAUUUCAAGAAUUAUGCCCUGACUGUCCUCACAAGGAAGAACACCAUUACUGGAAUUGAAUAUCGGAAUGAUCCCACCAUCUUCGCUUGGGAAUUGAUGAAUGAACCCCGUUGCAUGUCUGAUCCUUCUGGGGAUACCCUUCAAGAUUGGUUAGUAGAGAUGUCAGCUUUCAUAAAAUCAAUUGACAAAAAUCAUCUAUUGACCAUUGGCUUGGAAGGAUUUUACGGUCCUAAAAGCCCUAAGAAGUCAACUGUGAAUCCAGAAGAGUGGGCGUCAGCCCUUGGAUCUGAUUUUGUUCGCAACUCCAACAUUACAAACGUUGAUUUUACCUCUGUUCACAUAUACCCCGACCAUUGGUUUCAUGAUCUAGGAUUUGAGGGGAAAAAAAACUAUGUUUCCAAGUGGGUGCAUUCACACAUUGAAGAUUGUGACAAAGAACUGAAGAAACCUGUCAUGUUCACUGAAUACGGCUUGUCAAACCAGAACAAAGACUUCGAGCCAUCCCAGCGAGAGCAAUUUUAUAGCACUAUUUUAGACAUCAUCUAUAAAUCUGCAAAGAAGAAAGGGUCUGGGGCAGGUGCUUUAAUCUGGCAAUUCUUUGUUGAAGGAAUGGAAGAGUACAAUGAUGAUUUUGGGCUUGUACCGUGGGAAAGCCCUUCAAUUUACAAACUGACAGUAAAACAAUCAUGCAGAUUGGCUAGAAUCCAAGGACUCAUUCGAGAAAAAAGAAACUUGAAACAACUAUGUUCCGAAAGAGAGUAAAAUUUGUGCUAUCAGAGAUAGAAAGUUUAUUGGUAUUGUACUUUUUUUUUUCUCAUAGCCAUACAAAUUACAAUAUGGUUAAAUAGAUAUGCAGAUAUAGCACUAGGUUGCAAGUUUGCACAAAUUUCUGUAGCACUGUCGUGACCUCGGAGAAUGUUGUGGGUUACAGCACUGCUAACAUUUUCCACCCACUCAAUAUAUUGGUAUAAUUUUUAGA